UGUGUAUGAAAAACGGUUAAUUCAAAUUCAAUCAGAAUAAAACUGUUAAAAAAACAGUUAAAAACCACGAUAUGAGUUCGUUGUUAGGGUCUUCAGCUGCUGCCACGUCAUCGCCAUGGAUUCCGAUUCGCAGACCUUCGUUUCUCACAUCAACAACAACACCACCACCACCAGCUCCUUCCAAAUUCUUCAAAUUCCAUUCCUUUUCUCCUCCUUCGUCUUCGUGCUUUCGCGUUGUUUGUAGCAGUGGCGGAACCGAGGGAUCAUCGAGAUCGAGCUCCGAUGCGGUGGCGCGUGAGUUCAAGUUCGUGCUCCACGACGCUCUGGAAUCUUCUGGAAUCCACACCUCCCAUGCCAGAGAGGGAAGGGAGGGUUUCUGUGCGCAGAUCCGGAAAUUGUCUGGCAUUGAGAGGGAAACCAGCAUUAGCAUUAAUAGUCGUGUUGAUUUGGGGAAAACGGCUCUUUAUAUAGCGGCAGAGGAUGAUUCUCUUGUUUCUCACUCUUCAGUUCCUCUCCCUGUAGAUGCUUUCAUUGAAAGAUUGGAUGAUCUUUCCGUAGGCUACUGCUCUCACUAUAACUCCUCUUAUAGUUCAUCGCCAGAGAAGUUUUUGGAGAGCAUAGAGAGAUAUCUAUAUGUCACAAGGGGUUUUCGAAGAACUCAUUCAAGAAAUCAAUCAGAGCCACGAGCUCUUUAUCUUCACUCCGUUUUGACCCAUCGUUCAGGCUCCAUUGCCAUGCUUUCGCUUAUAUACUCGGAACUCCUGAAAAUGCUUCGCAUGUGGGGCCUUGUGGAUUUUGAUGUGGAGAUAUUCUUUCCCCAUGAUCUUCAUAGUCUACCAAGAGGCUAUGAUAAACAAAAAAGCAAGGAGUCAGAUCAGCCACAUAUAAUUACUUCGCAAACGCUAUUGCUGGAGAUUUUGAGAAAUCUGAAGAAUGCUUUCUGGCCAUUUCAACAUGAUCAUACCAGAAGUUUAUUCUUAUGGGCAGCACAUGCCGCUAACUGCAUUGAUAAAUCAAAUAUUACAGAAGAAAGUGGCUUUCAGCUUGCAUCUGCUAAGGCUGCUCAACAUAGGCUCGAACGUGGUGUCUGGACCAGUGUACGUUUUGGGGACAUGAGGCGCGCAUUAUCUGCAUGUGAACGGCUUAUCCUCCUGGAUACUGAUGCGAAGGAAUUAAGAGAUUAUAGCAUUCUUCUCUACCAUUGUGGAUUCUUUGAGGAAUCACUCCAGUAUCUGAAGUUGUAUCAGGACACCAAGGAUUCUUCCUUAAAAAGCCAAUCAGCUGAUUCACUCAGCAGCCUAGAGGAAGAUGCUGUGGAGAAAUUGAUGAUACGCCUCAACCUCAUUUUGAUGGAGGAAGGUUGGAGUAAGCCCUCGCAUGUUAGAAAUUAUAUUGGUAAUAACUCGGAACCAUGGUAGUGUCUCUUGUAUAUUGUCUGACAGCCCUAAGAAACCUGAUCUGAAUUUGGUUCUUAUAAAAUUGGGUAGAGUCGUAGUUUAUACAACUUAAAUCUUUCACAGUAGUAGAAUCCCAGGAGUUGCAAUGCUUCUAUUACAAUAUAUAAUAGCAGAAACUGAGAACGUAAAUACUAAAAUCACUCCUGUUAAAACAUGUGGCAUCUAUUUUGUUCCAAACCAACGCAAAGUUCAAAUCUCAAAUACACUAUAAUACAUCUCCCAAAAGACACUGCACCAACCCAAUGUAUCGGUUGGCUCAAUACACCUGCCAAGCCUGAAAGAUAUAACUGUUCAUUCAGACUUGUUUUCGAACAAAAACACUACAUCCAACAGUUCGUACUUGGUACCGUAUCAGUGUCAUAAAUACCAUAAAAUCUAAGACCGAUGAAAAGCUAAAUCUGGAUAAAGAAAAGGAUAGAGAGUUGGUAAGUCACAAAAGGGGAGAGAAAUCUGAGAAAUUAGCUCACUGUUUGGAAUUUUCUUAAGAAGAAAAGUAUAUGAAGAAAACCAACGUGGAGAUCGAGAGUCCCGUUCUACAGAGACAGAGUCCGUAACCGCCAGGCCAGCCUCUUGCUUGAAUCUUCAUGCUAUGUGAGAGAUGUGUGGUAAUGGUGACUUUAAUUAGUGUUCUCUAUCUUCAAACUUAUUUUCUUUAUAUAUAUGCAGCUUAUUAUUAAUAGCAGAAGGAUAAUUUUUCC